AUGGACACAACGCCAAAGAAUGCAUCAUUGGUCAUACAGAAGAUCUUCAAGGCAAGAAAGUAUUUUGACACUGCUGGAUAUACAGAGGAGGAGGUGAAGAGAAUGGAAAAUUUCUCUAUAAAGCACAUGUACAAAUCUAUGCAAGGGGAAUUUCAGAAAGUACCAUGGAGGAGAUUAAUCUGCAACAACUAUGGAUUACCAAAGUGGAAGUUCAUUUUAAGAUUGGCAAUACAGGAAAGGCUAGCCACAAAAGAAAGGCUAGCAAGAUGGGGGAUACAGAUUGAUACCACAUGCUCACUAUGUCAAAGAGAGAUUGAAACAGUACAACACUUAUUUUUUGAAUGUGAGUUGACAGCAACCAUAUGGCAGCAACUCUUAAAAUGGCAAGGAAUCCAAAGAACAAAGUUAGGCUGGAAAGAAGAGCUGGCAUGGAUAGAAAGAAGAGCUAAAGGUAGAAGUGGAGGAGCAGAACUAUGCAGAAUGUCCUUAGCAGCAGCAGUUUAUCAUAUCUGGCAAGAGAGGAAUAAUGUUAUUUUCCAACAGAAAAAUAGACCAACUAAAGCCAUAAUCAGAUCAAUCAUCCAGGAAAUUCAUGUUAAAGCUACCAUAUUCCCUAGGCUAGGAAGGACUAUGAGCACUUUGAAUUGGUACCCUGAUGUAAUGUAA